AUGCUGCAGCUGGGGCUCAGCGUGCCCCGCUGCCCCGGGGGCGCGGCCGCCGCCUGCCCCAUGGCCGAGCCGGGCACGGGCGAGGAGCCGGGCACGGGGCCGGAGGCGCUGGGCUCGCCCCCGGUCACCAUCGUGGUCACGUCCGAGGCCGACACGUGGGACAUCGACACCUCCCCGGGCCGGGGCUGCGGGCCCUUCGUGGACUGGGCCCAGAUGCCGGAGGCGCAGGGCCCGGCGCGGAUCCCGCGGGACGUGCUGGGCCGGCCCCCGAAAGAGCUGAAGCGGCUGGCGAGGGAAGGCUGCUGGGCCGGGAGCCACGCGGGCCGGGCCCGGCUCUACCCCCGGCUCAUCCAGCGCGUCUCCUGCCGCCUCGUCACCCCCGACGCGCUCGUGUACCGGGACGUGGCCGGCCGGCUCUUCGGGCAGCGCAGCGUGAGCUCGCACCCCCUGCCCGAGUUCCUGGAGGGCUGCCCCGUGCCCACCUACUGCCUCAGCCCGCGCGGGGUCACGGCCCUGAGGAAGAUCCUCAUCUGCGUGGGCGCCCUGUUCCCCGACAUCACGCACAGCCCGCUGCUGCCGGCGCUGGCGGCGCUGCUGCUGCACUACAGCGAGGACGAGGCCCGGUGCUUCGAGAGCCUCUCGCGCCUCAUCGCCAGCAACGCUCCCCACGCCGCCUACAUCGACCAGUCCUUCCUGGCGCACCAGGCCUCCUGCAUGACCUUCGGGGACCUGGCCAGCAAGCACUGCCCCGCGGCCCACAAGCUCAUCGCCGGCGCCGCCGACAACGUGCUCGAGGUCUACUCGGAGUGGCUGUCGUGGCUCUUCCCCGGGCUGCCCUUGGCCUACGCCGUGCGCGUGCUGGACGUGUUCCUGCUGGAGGGCCAGAAGGUGCUGUACCGCAUCGGCCUGGCCCUGCUCAAGCAGUUCCGGCUCUCGGCGGCCCCGGCCGGGCCGCAGGGCUCCGACGUCAAGGCCGAGCUGCAGGCCUUCGUCAGGAACAUCGCCCAGCACGUCAGCGUGGACAAACUCCUGGAGAGAGCCUUCGGCAUCCGCCUCUUCUCCCGCAAGGAGAUCUGGCUGCUGCACAUGGCCAACAGGAAGGCCUUGGUGGAGAGGGGCAUCACCGUGGUGCAGAGGAGGCCAUCCUUCCACCUGGCCGUGGACAUGCAGAAGUUCAGCUCCAGCACGGUCACGGCACAGGAGAUGCGCCUCGUCUGGUCCUGGCUGCCCGAGCGCUUCUCGCUCUUCCCCCCGCUGCUGCUCUUCUCCACCUCCCAGGACGGCUGCAGCCUGCAGAGGUUCUACACGUGCUGUGAAGGCUACGAACCCACGGUGCUGCUCAUCAAAACCACCGAGGGGGAGGUGUGUGGGGCCUUUCUCUCCUCCGACUGGGCCGAAAGGAAGAAGAGCGGAGCCACCUCGGGCUUUUUUGGGACAGGGGAGUGCUUUGUGUUCACUGUGCGCCCCGAGGCAGAGAGGUACGAGUGGGUGCUCAUCCAGAGGCCGGAGCUGGCCAAGGCCGUGCCGCGCUCCCGGCAGCGCUCGCCUUCCCCCGCUCCCGAGUCCCUGCUCGGCUCCUCCCGGGACAGCUCCAGCCCCCAGCACCUGGCCGUGCCCUCGGCGCAGGGCAGAGGCCGCCUGUCCCCGUUCCUGGCCACCAGGCACUUCCUGCUGCCCUCCAAAACGGCCUCCAUGUUCAUGUCCGGCUCCCGGGACGGCAUCGUUAUCGGCGGAGGGGGAGGCCAAGCGCUGUCCCUGGACGCCAGCCUGCUGCGGGGACACACGGAGCGCUGCGAGACCUUCGACAACCCCCCGCUCUGCCGGGAGAACUUCCAGGUGCAGCUCCUGGAGGUGUGGGGCUUCCAGAGCGCCUAGGGGCCCUGGGGACACCCCGAGUGCCACCCGCGGGCACGGGCACCGGGCACCGGGACCCUCCCUGUGCUGGCACCUCCGGCCGGGCUGGGGCCACCUGGGCGGCUGCUCCGGUCCCCUGGGCCCCUCCACGGCCAGAACGGAGCAGAGCAGAGCAGAACGGAGCAGAGCAGAGCAGAAUGGAUCAACCAGACCAGAUCAGAACAAAGCAGAAUGGAUCAGACUGGAUCAGAUCGGAUCAGAUCAGACCAGAUCAGCCCUCGUGGUUCUGUGGGAGAGGCCGAGGCAGUGCCAGGGCCAGAACUGCGGGUGCUGCCCCUGGGGACAUUCGAGCUGCCCCUGGGGACAUUCAAUGUCCCCUCUCACAGUUUAGAUCUGGCUCACUCCACCCAGUCUGGCCCAGUUUGGGGCGCUGGAGGGGAGGGCAGCCAGGCUGGAUUCUCACACCUCCCUGGCCUAUCUGCAGCGUGGGGCUCAGCAAACAGGGACAGCACGGGCAGAUCUUGUGGGAGUUCUGAGGCCAAGCUCCAGCACUGAGCUCCAGAGCUCACCAGAAACGUUCUCAGAUCCGCUUCCCUCCCAGCCCCCAGCCCAGCACAGCCCCUCAGGCACCCAGGGGGUUCUGCAGCCUCCGUGGGUACCCAGGACUGCCCAGGACCCACCAGCACCGGCAGAGACUCCCCCUGUCCCUGGCUGGAAGUGCUGCCGGGGGUGGCAAAGCCCUGCCUGGGGUUUGGGGGGUGCCCGAGCUCUGCCGAGCCCUUGCCGUGCUGAAAGGGACCCUGAAAGGGCUUCUUCC